AAUGGUAGAGUCAAUGGGAAACGUGGAUGAUAUUCACAGGCCACAGCACUAUCCAAAAUGUGUGCAUAAGCCAAAGGAGAUGUGAGUUUGUGUGUUCACAACUGCCGUCAUGGAACUCUCUCUCUACCCUCACAAACCAUCGUUCCUUCCCUCCUCCUCCUCAUCCGUUACUACUUGCAGGAAGGGAUUGCCCCAUAAAAUUAGGUUUGCAUUAGCAUGUAACAUUUCAUCAUCAUCAUCAUCAUCAUCAUCAUCAUCAUCAGCCUCUGUCAGUACAAAUGCGCCAUUUUCGGAAAUUGAGGGAAGGAGAACAAUUCUGACUUCUUUUCUUGCUGCAGCUGCUGGUCUUUGUGUCUGUGAUGUUGCUGGUGCUGUUAGUACAAGUAGAAGAGCUCUUAAGGGAGCAAAAGUGCCUGAGAGUGAAUAUACUACUCUUCCCAAUGGGCUAAAGUACUAUGAUUUGAAGGUUGGAAAGGGAGCUGAAGCGGUGAAGGGAUCUCGGGUUGCAGUACACUAUGUUGCUAAAUGGAGAAACAUCACUUUUAUGACAAGCAGACAGGGGCUUGGUGUCGGGGGAGGAACGCCUUAUGGGUUUGACGUUGGUGAAUCAGAGAGAGGAAAUGUUCUUAAAGGGUUAGACCUUGGGGUCCAAGGCAUGCGCAUAGGAGGCCAGCGGUUGCUGAUUGUACCCCCUGAGCUUGCUUAUGGAAGCAAAGGUGUGCAGGAAAUUCCUCCAAAUGCAACCAUUGAGGUACCUAGUUUUGUCAGAUAGAUAUCGAGUUACUUUCGAUCAAACAAAGUCCAUUUGGGUCUCCUGUCAAAAUAGUUGAAGGAUAAGAUGAAUAUGCUCGUUGUACAUGGAGAUGACACAUAAGUUGGAAUAUCAUCAACAUAAGGACCAUUUUGCUGCUUUUCAGAUCACCACAACUUUUCUCUACUGGAUGCCAUAUUUGUUAUUAUUAUUAUCUUUUUUGUAUUUAAAUGUGAAAUAUCAGAUCCUGUUCAGUGAUUUGACAUUAUAAUAUUGAACCUCUGUGCAUAAUUAGGAUAAUGGAAGUUCAACUUACUAUA